ACUCUGUGCUUCAGGAUGAUGAUGGUUGAAUUUAUUCUGCUCGGAACACAAGUUCAGAAAAGCUGUACUUGGUAUCAGGAUGUCGCUGUCCCUCGUGUUACUCCAAACAGACUGCAGCACUUCGAAUAUGAAUCUGUGUCUUUGCAUUGUGAUGGCUCCACUCAGCUGAGAGGGUUUAGGAACAAUGAAACAUUUAAUCCAGCAUGUGUAACAAAGAAGACAUCAUCAGGGUCCUCCUGUGUGUUUGCUCAAGUCUAUCAAGGAGACAGUGGAGAGUACUGGUGUGAGGCUAAAGGAGGAGAGCGAAGUAAUACUGUUAACAUCACAGUCACAGGUGGUUCUGUGAUCCUGGACAGUCCGGCUCUUGCUGUGCUUGAAGGCAGCAGUGUCACUCUUCUCUGCAGAAAAAAGACAACUUCCACCAACUUUGCAUUUUUCUACAAAGAUGAUGUCAUCUUGGAAAAAAGAGCUGUAGAAAAGAUAAAGAUUUACAAUUUUUCCAAGCUAAAUGAAGGCCUUUACAAGUGCAGCAUCCCUGAUGUUGGAGAGUCACCAGAAAGCUGGCUGGCUGUGAAAGCGUUACCUGCAUUGCCUCAAGAAGACACUCGCCCUCAUUGUUCUGACUACAAAUAUGUCAUCGCCCUGCUUUGGACUGCCAUCAUCAUUUUGAUCAUGAUACUGGUGACUCUGCUGGUUCGAUUUCUUCAUACGGGGAAAGGCAGAGGAUUUCUGCUUUUCUGUUCGUCACCUUUACAAAGGAGACCAACAGCAGCGUCCGUCUCAACGGAAGCCAAUCCAGCAGGAUUUCUUGUUUUCUGUUCAUCGCUUUUACAAAGGAUGCUAACAAGCACAUCACACUCUGCUGAAGCCAAUGCAGCAGAUGAUUCGGAUGAACUUGUGUACUCAGCUUUAACUAUUCGUGGGGUACAACAAAGUUGCCAGCCAGAAGAAUCAGACUUGUUGAGCUCCACAGUGAAUUCCAGAGAAGGUGAAGGCCCAGGCCUCCCAGUGAAGGAAGAUAUUUAUUCCUCUAUCCGGAUUGCCACAGAGAGCAGUGACACCUGACUCCAAAAGCGAAGCAUUCUCAAUUUAAAGCUGUGCUGAAAAUCUGAAAAAGAACAAGAACAAUGUUUGUAUUUAAAACUGUAACUGUAAUUUUGACAGUAUUUUUUAUUUUUUUUUGUUUACCUUUAUGGGACCUGCAGCCUUCCCCUGAUGCGGACGAGAAGAAAGUUUGAUUGUUCUACUUGUUGUUCUAUAUGGUCGGCGCUUGAGUGUCUCCAACUUUCUCACGAUGACUAACAGGGUGUGCUAUAAAGCUGAAACUGAAUGCUAUCCCACAUGUAUAGAAUAAAGUGACAUAAAAGUGAUAUCACUAA